AUGGAAGACAGCCACCCGGAGUUGACGACCCGCCACAGCGAAGAUCUUUCAGACCGCAGGACUCCGUCCAUUCAAUCGCUUCCCGUAUGUACGGAGGACAUAGACGAGGAUGAAGAUGCAUCUCUCGCUGGUAAUAUGGGUGGCGGACACAGCACUUCGCUGGGAAGAAAAGCCUCCGUGCGCACAACAAGAAGCAAUCGCACGAAUAUAUCAACGGCCGAGGCGACAGCGGCCUUUCAGAGCGGAUCAGUUCUCACCGGCCCAAACGCCGAGCCUGAUGUAGAUGAGGCCGUGGUCCUCAGGGGCGUCACCGCUGAGAGAUUCUUGAGUAAGAAACAGAAAGAUAAAAUCAUAAAGGAUGAGCAGCGAGAGUCGAAGCGGUUUUCCAAGCUUCUGAAGACAGAGUCCAAGUCGGAAAAGGCUGCAUUGGCACGAGCUCUCCAGUCUCUCGCGGCUCUGCAAGAUCUUCACAAGGCCGCCUGCAAACUCGAAGCCAAAGCAGAGGCAACCCACUACAAGUCACUCAUGGCCGCUCAGAAAGCUGAGAGCACAUUCCUUGAAGCAAGGGCUCGUGCUGAAGAGGAGCAUGCGCGAUGGGAAGGCAAGAAAGCGGAGGUCAAGGCUCAAGAGGAACGCUUGGAAGCGGAGAGGGAGACUGUAAGGGAGACGGAGGACCGCAUGGCAGAAUGCGCCCGCGAGGUCGAAAAAUUGAGAAUUCCUAAAGCUACAGACGAGAGAGAAAGGGAAGUCAAGAUAUCGGAGAUGUUAGGAAAGAAAACAUGA